CAACUUGCCGCAAUCACUAACUUAGUUCUUAUCGCUCACCGUGACCGUCUGAGUCAAAUAGGCUACUAAUCGUGGAACGAACGUCAAAUGGUGGAGACACGGAGAUCGCAGACGUCGUCGCAGCGGCUCUACUUCAAGCGUGGGAACCAACGGGUUCCAGAAAUACCUGAAACUCCCAUGAUGCAGCCACCUGCGAUGCCAUCAGAGACUUCUAUCAGCAUUGACCGUGAAACCAAGUUUGACUCAGGUCAUAUAAUAACGAUGUAUGUGAAACCGGCGAAGAUGCCCAAACCAUCUUAUCCCCCAGACCGUCGACAUCAUGGCUUCGAGAGGGAUGCCGAUGGAUGCUGCUGUUGCAAUGUCGGCAUUGCUAGAAGGUAUUCUAUACGGCUUUUCGGCCCUCAUGUUUAUAGGUACCAUCUGUGCUUUGACCUGCAAUCACCGCAUGCAGGACAUCAAUCGCCCAGUCACUGUGGUAGCCAUUUUGCUGAUGAUACUGAGUACCGCGCACAUGGCCGUGAAUAUCAUUCGUGUCGAAGAUGGACUGGUGAAGUAUCGUGACACGUACCCAGGCGGGCCGUCGGCGUUCUUCCAAGAUGUUUCCCAAGACACGUAUGUGAUCAAGCAUGCGUUUUAUGUCAUGCAGACUAUACUCGUUGAUGGGGUGGUUAUUUAUCGUUGCUAUAUUGUCUGGCAAUCCGUCUGGGUUAUCAUCGUACCGUGCAUGCUGUGGUGCAGUGUCGCAGUGACCGGUAUUUAUGCGGUCUACAGUUGUUCGCAAGCCAGUAGCAGUAACAUCUUCGCCGAGGCGCUCGCACUGUGGUCCGCGGCGUUCCUUGCCUCAACAAUUGCGACUAACUUGUUGAGUUCAGCAUUACUGGCAUAUCGCAUCUGGAUGAUUGAACACGCUGUCUCUACGGUUCGUGCUUUGAAGAGCACUGUAAUGCCAAUAAUGCGCAUGCUUGUGGAUGCCGCUGUUUUGUACACUGUGGUGCUUUUCACUGCACUUAUCUGUUUCGUCUGCUCGAACAAUGGAGAGACUGUUGUGAUGGACAUGGCCAUGCCGAUCAUGUCGAUUGCCUUCUACAUGGUGCUUAUUUGCAUCGCAAUAAACAGAAACAGUCGCAGUUACUACUUCUCGACUUCUCACGGAACAACCAGUGAGGCGGAACACGGAAACUCGCAACAUCAUAUGAAAUUUUUGCAAGUUUAUGCAUCCCAAUCCACCCUUGGCAGCACUUUUCAUCUGUUCUCACGGUCUAUGAGACCCACUUUUUAGGUUAUGGGAAAGUAGUCUGACAGACCCCAAUCUACGAGGAGGUUUUAAAGUUGCAUGUAUUACAAUUGGGGAUAUCUACUUAGUGUUUACAGCCUAUCUACCUAGGACCUCUCCAGAGGAGGCUCCCUCAGAUCCACGGGUAUCAAACAUUCCGUCAUUGAUAUUCGGACCAGGAAGGUAUGUAAUAUAUGGCACGUGGUGUACUACUAUAUUAUACCAAAAUUCGUUGCAAAACAAAACAUAUACAGAAAGGACGUGCGAGAAGAGGUUAUGGCACUCUCAUUUGGAUGUGGGAAGGAUGAGGAGGGUUUGAGGGC